GAAGAUUAUAAAAAGAGAAGCUGCUGGAAAGUCCUAUAGUGAACGUUUCUUGACAAUCUGCCAUGAGGUCGCAAUAAUGGAGCUUGCUGCUUUGUGAAGAUUAAAAUUAAAGGGUAAAUCUUUUCGCCAAAGAUAUCUCCUCAGUCAUGACUGAUCAAGAAACAAGGAACGACUCAUCAAAUCACUGAUGUAUGCGUUACGAGCAGUCAGUUGGCUAGUUUAUUUAUUGGAGUUGAGGAAUUUUAUGGAGCAAUGGGGAAGAGGAAAAAUCGUCAGCCAGACGUGAAUGAUGAUGCCAGUGUGCAUUCAUCGGAAUCUGGGGAGGAAACCAAAUCAGAUGGAGUCAAAUGCCUUCACAUCAUCAAGUCCAUCAAUGGUAAUGUUCUUCGAAAGGUCCUGAAGAAGGUUGGAAUCCUCACUCACUGCAGAGAGUGCAGUAAAAUUGAUAGCAACAAGAGCCAAGAUGUUGAGGACGAUGGGAUGUCAUCAUCAAUCCAGCCCCUCUGGAUAUGUUUGAAAUGUGGAAAUCAAGCCUGUGGACGGUAUCUCAACAAACAUGCAGAGCAUCAUUUUCGUACGCCCCAUAGUGAAUGUCACAGUCUCGCCAUUGACACGCAUAACUGGAGUAUAUGGUGCUACGACUGUGAGAGUGUGGUCAAUGCUGACAGUAGAAAACAAUUACUCGAAAUAGUUGAAUUCAUAAAAAAACUCGCGACAACAACCUACACCCCACCCCAGCCUGCAAUUGCCCUGCCUCCAAUCGAGAAGUCCCCCGAGAACAUUCCAUCCACCAACGACAAGCACCAGAAGCCUCUGACGAACCUCACGAGAGUCGGUGGGCUGAUGAACCUGGGAAACACUUGUUUCUUCAAUUCAGUCCUGCAGUGUCUUGCACAAACGCCUUUCCUGGUAAAAGUCCUGGAGGAUUUACGAGAGCCAGACGCUAAAUUUAUCCUUCCAGGUGGUAAAUGCAAGCCGUCAGAGGACGCUGAAGAGUUGGACCUACCACCCAUUGAGGGAAAACUGGAGGGAUGGGGAAAUUUUACAGCGACUUUAUGGAAGACACUGACAGAUAUGCAAAAUGCUGAUAACAACCAGACGUACAGGCCCUCAGAGCUGCUGAAUUCCUUCAAGAAGAAGACGUCCCAGUGCAUGGACGGUGGUCAACACGACGCUCACGAGCUCCUUCGUCAUCUUCUGGAGCAGGUGAGGAAUGACGACGUCAGGAGGUACCAGUCUGUCAUUCUGAAGAAAAUUGGUCUCGACGAUAAGUCCAAACGUCAGGCCAUCGACGAGAACAUUAAAGCACAAGUGAAAUUUUAUGGAAAUCAGGCGAGCGCCAGGCACUUGGGCUCUGAGCCGGUUUUUCGAGGGAUUCUGGUGUCCACUCUGGAGUGCCUGGACUGCCAUCACUCAUCACAACGUACAGAACCCUUCCUCGAUCUCUCGCUUCCGGUCCUCAUGGACAAACCCCAGCCUCCAAUCGUGGGAAAACGUAAGAGCAGUGGUCUCGACGAAAGUUUCGACCUGAUGGGCAAUAAUAUCUCGAAUCAACCUUCGAAGUAUCAGCUGAAGAAGGAGAAGAAGGCAGCGAGGAAGAACAGGAAGAACCACCGCAACUCUAAUUCCAAUAAGUCGGUGAAUCAAAACAACGGAGAAGACAAUCAGGAGAGUCAUGGAGAGUCCGAGGAGAGUGAUGCUGAUGUUGAAGAUAAUAUUGAGAAUGAUGGAAUGAUGCAGGAAGUCAGCGAGUCUGGUUACAGCUCAGAGAAAGUGUCGACCGUCGCCAGUCCAGUGUCCCCGGGGGAACCGAGUGGAGAUGAUGAGAUGACGCAGACGAAUGGGAAUUCUACGCCCUCGGAGAUAUCGAAAUUAACGGAAGGGAUGGGACUGAAGAAUGAGGCUUCCUUAGAGUUGAAUCUCGAGGCGCAAGAGCAGCUCCCAGCGGAUUCGCCACCCCUCUCAUCGACGUCAAUCAUCGUCAACUCUGAGCUGAGUCCCAAGGGGGCGACUGUCAGUCCCCUGAGCAGCCCCAUCUCCAACAAAGAGAGCCCCACUAGUCCCACAUCGAACUCUCAGGAAAAAUUGAUGUGGAAGAUCGUCGUAAAUCAUGAGGAACCAGACACUAAAAUUAAUGUCAAGGAGGAUCAACCAAAAAGCACUUUCUCAGAUGCUGAGACGGACGAAUGUCGAUCUGGUCCUGAGACCGAGGACUCGGUGAAGCAAUUCACUGAGAAACGAAAUGGUGUGAAUGAUUUAACAAGUGGAUUAUCCAAAUUAUCAGUCACUGCACCUCUGUCUCCAACCAGCUAUCAAGUUGCCAGCGGUGAGUGCUCCAUACAGUCCUGUCUCAAUCAAUUCACAGCCAGGGAGUUGAUGAGUGGUAGCAAUAAAGUUGGCUGCGAGGCUUGCACUGCCAGGGAGAAUAAAGGAAAGAAGGGCAAGAUUGUCUGCACCUCCAGCACGAAGCAGUACCUCAUCUCACGUGUGCCAGCUGUUCUUAUCCUUCACUUGAAGAGGUUCCAGUCACAGAGAUUUAGCUUCAGGAAAGUUACCAAACACGUUGCAUUCCCCAUGAUCCUCGAUCUAGCUCCAGUCUGCAAGUACCACGACAAGUCGAAGGUGUAUUCGCUUUAUGGGGUGGUGGAGCACAGUGGGACGAUGCAUGGGGGCCACUACGUGGCUUAUGUCAAGGCCAGGCAGCCACUCGAGGCCAAUAACCCCAGGUGGGACUUCUUGCCGAAGGUUGGGACGUGUGAUGUCGAAGAGAUUUCGGGGGAGACGGCGAAUAUCGAUGAUGUCGAUGUAGAGAAGGUCCAACCACCUCCAGGGAGAUGGUAUCUCGUCUCAGAUUCUAGAGUAAUGGAGGUCGAUGAAGCAACGGUUCUGAAGAGCGAGGCAUAUUUACUAUUCUACGAGAGAAUUCUAUGAUUAAACGAUGGAAAACACUAGUGUUUAUUUCGCCAGAAAAUUAAGAACAACUUUGUCCAAUGCCACUUUUUAAAACAAUUACGGUUGUGUAUGUUCAGGAUAAAAAAACAAACAUUGAUUUUGCAUGUAAUUCGUUGGAAUUUUCGCAAUGACUAUUUGUUAUAAAGUCAUCCCUGUAAUGUGUUCACGACAGAAUUAUUAAAAUGUAAUCUGAGUGUCGGAUAUGUGGAGGGGGUGCGUUUUGACAGUGAUGGUUAUUGAGAUAUUUUGCAGUGUACCUGUAUUAUUCUUCAGCUCACCAUACCGUAAUGGUCGUUCAAGUGCAUUUCUUUUUUUUUAUCGUGUCGUUAGUUGUUCACUCUUUGGGACUAGAGUAAUUUUGAAUAGAUUUGAUAAUUAAUCGGUGUAGGCAGCGGAUAGUUGAAUGAACUUUGUCAUCAAGCGAAUUAAUUUCUUUUUGUGUGUAAAAAAUGAGGAAAAGACAUAUUAUGUAUACAUUUGUGGUCUCGUUAUUUAUGCACACCUUUUGAAAAAUGGAGGACAAAUAUUUUGAGGAGUUGUGCGAUUCACUCCUGGAUCAGAAUAUGUCAAAGGGGUGUGAAUUUACUGAUUAUAAAUAGUAGGAAGUGAAGUGUAAUCCAAUUUUAUAUAUUACAUAAUUUUUCCGUACAUAAUGGAAGUGUUUUAAAAUGUUUUGACCAAAAUAAUGGAAUUUCGAGAAUGAAAAAUUAAAUAUAAACCAAGUCCAGGAUUAAAUCCAACUUAUAUGGCUCCAAAUAUUUGUUUUAAUUAUAAGAAUUAUUGAAAAAAGCAUUAGAAAAAUACACGAUGAAAUCAUUUGAAAAAUUGUA